UCGUUUGUCAUUGGUCGAUCUAAAGAUCCUUUGGAGGGCUCGCGGCUCGCCCAUCAAAAACUUUGUUUUGAUUUUUGAUCACAGAAGACCAGCAGGCAACACAAGGAUCUUUUAUGUAAAUGAAAGAUCCUUGAGGCAACAGGUCUCUGGUUUUGAGACUCCAGAGCAGAACAUGGACUAUCAAGUUGACUGUGAAGUCAUGGAUGAUUCUUCAAUAGUUGUUUUGUCCAGCAGCAGUGACGACGAAGACAACGAGCCUCCUGCUAUCUUAACAAGUUAUAAAGCUGGAAGCUCCACUCCAGGUGUGAUAAACAUUAACCCUCAAGAGGCCGUGGUCCGUCUGGUCAACAAAUGGAAGGAAAAGGUCAAGGUCAAUCUACAAUUCUUCCUGUCAUCUUCAAAUGACACGGCCUUGCCUGUCGUCAAAGACAAAGUCAUUCAUCUCGCGACAACGACCAUGAAAAAUGCCAUCAUCCAUGUUGACAGAACACAUUUUGAGUUAAAGCCAGGAGUAGUUAUGGAUGUAGCUGUGACUUUUGAAAUGAGGCCAAGCUGUAAGCAAGAAAUUAUCGGAGUGCUCAUGAAGGCCACACCUAUGGAAAAUGGCACCAUCAAGAGUCUUCGGGACAAAAAAAUUGUUACCUUCAACAUUCUCACUAUGGAGGUCAAUCCAGAUUGUGAUGUAAGACUUGAACCUUGUACCCUCAGUGUCCCAAAGGCACACACAGAUACAGACUUUGUUGUUCUGUUCUUUGUCAUAAAGAUUGAUGCUCAAAAGUUAGCUGUGGCUUGCAACAAAGAAGUUCCAUUUCAGGAACUUGUUGAUGAGUACAAAAGCAAUUUUCCAGCCACAAACAAAACAUACAAAUUGAAAUUCACCAACAUGAGGACAAGGCAGAGCUGCCAUGCAAAUCAAACUCCUUCCUCGAUUGGUUUGGGGCAUCAAGACCACGUCUUCGUCAACCUCUGCAAAUGCACAUUCUAAAAGCAAGUGAGAAAUGAAUCUGCAUAUGUUUAUAGUUCUCAAGUUGAUUUAAAAGAACUAUAAAUUAAUCUGUAUAAAAACAGCGUUUCUUUUGUUGUGAUAUUGUGCUAAAAUUUAAACUGCUGCAACAUAAGCUUAAAAUUAAAUGAUUCCUAUAGAUUAUUUUUUUGCCUUAAUUUUUUCUGAGUGUACAAAGAGACGCUCUCAUGCAUAUAAUUCACCAAAGUUUGAGUAACAUAAUUUUAGAAAAGCUGGUUGAACUAGCUAUACAAAACAAUUUGUUUCUGAUUUUUUGCUAUUCAUGCAAUUUUUAUGAUAAUAAUUUAGACCAACAGACACUAAUUGCAAGCUCAUGAACAGAUGUACAAAUAAGUCUGGAACGUUCCAGACUUAUUACCUAAUUAAUUACGGUAAGGUA